UCCAAAUCUUCAGGUAACACAGUAGUGAACUCCAUAAAAUUGAGACAGUCGAGAGAUUUUAGCAGAUUUAGUUCACCAUAAGUACAGAAGUAGUGUGUUUCUUCAUUCAGUUUGCUGAAUUAGAGCUACUUUAGAAAACAACCGCGCUCAUAUGAACGAUAGGAAAUUUGAUUGCAGAUUUCCCAAAGUGCUUCUCCUUCGCAAGGACCACGAGAUCUAUUAUCGAGAGUAGCAUCACAGAUCAGGGGGCUUAACAUCCAAGUACUCUAAUUUGGAAGGAAGCAACAACUGAACACCCAACUCUCAGUGUUAAAACUUCAGAUCAUUUUUGAUCUGAUACAUCUUAACUUUACCCGGCAACGAAAACACAAGAGCGCAUCGACUUGAGCUGCAAAAAUCGGAAGAGGUUAGCUGCAGUCCGGCACUAGGUGUGGAACAUCCUGGUGAGCUCUCUUUGACUCUGACACUAAUCAAACAUUGUGACAAGACGCCUCAUCAUCACGUACUCUAUCUCCAUAAUCAAAGACAUUGAUAUGAACAUGUCAAACAGUUAAUUUCAAAACCAAAGUAGCGCAAACCAUCAAGCGGAGUGUUUACACAGACUACAGCUAUAUUAUUUUCAUUUGAAAAGCCGUGCUUAAUCUAGCGGAAGGUCACUUUGUAGGAACAAGGUGACUUGUACACGUCGCAAACAAUUAGAGAUAACCGAUCAUCAACGCUUGGCAUUUAGGAUCACGAAAAAGAACCCUGAUAAAGUAAGAGUAAUCCAUACUACUUGAUAACAGCCUCGUCGCAAGAACCAGGGAAACGGAAAAGACAACUGGCCCUCAUUACGAAAAGGUUAAGGCGCUGAAAAAUUCAAGUUCAGCUUUCUUUGGGUGUGUAAGGAAGUUUAUAGGAUCCACAAGGCCUGACGCUGUCAAAAAUGGACUACAACAACACAACACGCUCACCAAACGUAACUUACCCUGGGAUAGGCACAACUUUUCCUCCUUCUGAUAAACUCUUUCGAUUUCUCGUCGCUUCUCUGAUAAUCAUCAUCAUCACUGGUAGUGUCUGUGGAAACUUACUCGUUUGCCUAGCUAUUGGACUUAACAAACGCCUUCGAAAGACAACCAACUACUUCAUUUUCUCCUUGGCCAUCUCUGAUCUCUUGACUGCAUUGUUUUCCAUGCCUUUCGACGUGGAAGGUGACUUUACGCAACAUCAGUGGAGCAAAGGUGAAUUCAUGUGCAACUUCAGGGUGUUUAUGUACCUCAUCGCCGCGCCGACUUCAAUACUGAACUUGAUGGCGGUCAGCUUGGACAGGUUUUUUGCCAUUAGCUGGCCGCUGAAAUAUUGCACCGUGAUAAAUCCCAAAAUAGCCUUGCUGGUUAUAGCUGUAAUAUGGCUGUACACCCUACUAUUCACGACCGUAGGAAUGGUUUGCUGGCCGUAUUACGAGCACAGUGUGAUGAACGGUCAAUGUUUCUUCAACAUUGACCCGUAUUACUCAGCGGUUAAUUCGGCUGUUAAUUUCAUUUUACCAACUGUGAUAAUGUGUGUGAUUUAUUUCAACAUUUACACGAUUGCUCGAAAACAUGCUAAGCGAAUCGCUAAGCAAGAGGCGAGUUUUCCAACGGUGUUGUCCUGUUCCAACGAAGACUCAGGAGCCAUAACAUCAGAGAAGAAACGCAUUUCAAAGAACAUUAAAGCGGCUAAGACUAUCGCUAUCAUUGUGUCCACUUUUCUACUGUGCUGGAUGCCGCUGACUCUAACCUCGAUGAUCGUUGUGUUUUGCGGCAAAAAGUGUCUUGUGGGAAUCAAUCUGCAGCUGUGGAGGGUAUUCCUUGUGUUGGCAUACACGAAUUCGGCAAUGAAUCCUAUUUUGUAUUCUUUCUUCAACAAAGAGUUCCGCAAAUCGUUUCUAAAGCUAUUUAAACUACAGUUUAGAUUUCGCUAGAGCUGCUUGCCUAAGCUAUGUAAAUAUCGGUUGUAGCGAACUUAACACAACAAGUAAAUGAAAUAGUAACCAUAAGCAGACUCUUCUUAAGAAUCAACGGUAAAAGAGCGCCUUUCAGCCGCGCCGCAUUGUCAAAUGUACAGUUAGCCACCAAAAAAACGCUAAGUUAUGUAAGGUAAGAGGCGCUUGGUUAACAAAUUGGAGGAAACAAUAUGUACAUAAAUAAUACGGAAGAGUAAAAUAAAUAACAAAGUUAUUAAGUCUCGAGAGAAGGUCACGAUACGUGAAAGAGUGAGACAGCAUGUAUUACUUCCGGUAAAGAUUGAAGAGGAGGAUAGAGAUCUUGUUAAAAGAUCACUUUUAGUGCUGGAAAUACGCUCUGCUUGGUUAAGUUACCUUUAUCUAGGUUGACUUCAAUUGUUUUAUUUAAACGAUGUGUUAAAAUGUAAAUUAAUAAACUUCAUAAAUCCA